AGGUUGAUUCUAACCACAGGUGGCAAGAUACUAUAAAGAGAUUGGGCUGCAACUCUGUCUCCAUUUUGAUGGCUCCGAUGUAUUGGUGCCGAACAACUUCUAGGCAGUGCCGAGCAUGUUUGCUCAUUUGGAGAUAUGGAUCAGAUGCUACAUUUCAAAAGACUUCCAAGUCAAAAGAGCCCGAGAGGGACUCUUAUGUCGACAAAAUAGCCUGA